AAGACUUUUUAUUUUUAAUUCAUGCACACACUUGUAUUGGCUAGGCCAUGAACUCAAUACCUUGUGGUUGGACACAAAGCACCCAACCAUUAAACUAAAUUGUCUGCACAUGCAGUUUGAAGACUUCUUAAUACCUUGCCUGCAUACAAAUUUUACUCUAUAUAAGUUAAAAUGCAAUGAUUGAAGCACGUUUGCAUCCUGAAUGAUAAAUUAACGAUAAUACCCAACCGACGGUUGAUAAUAGGACAAAUUUCUUCCUUAUGAUCAUCGCAAUACCUUGUUUUUCUAACUAUAAUCUAUGAGAUGUAAAUUUUUUUAAUUUAAAAUUGUUUCUUACUUAUGACCUAUUUCUAGAUCAAUUUAAUCUCAAAAUAGCCUUUUACGUCAAAUUGAUCUCCUCUCAUACAAAAGCCUUAACCCCUGCCAAAUUUCAUCUAAAGUUGAUUUUUGGAUAAAUUGAAAAUCUGAUUUCUACCAAUCAAAAUUAACCUUUUCUUCUCUUUUUUUUGGUUUUCUCUUUUAUGGCUUACUGCCUGCACUCAACUGCUACUCACGGCCAUGGGAUAAGGGAAUGAGGGUUGAUGCUCCUUUGAUUCGUUUUAUAAGAGGAAAAUGGGGAUUAACACAAAAACAAAUCGAGGGAGAGACGGGUGUGAAAAUUAUAUUUCCAUCAGCUAAAGGCGACAAUUCUAUUGUUAUUGAAGGUUCAUCCGUAGAAAAUGUCAAUAAAGCAUCUGAAAAAAUCACAAACGUACUAGAACAGGCGGUGAAAAGCCCAAAUCUGGAUUACUCCCAUUUCAUCUCUCUUCCGCUUGGUAUACACCCAGAACUGGUAGAGAAGCUACAGAACUUUCAGAAAUCUGUACUGAAUGAAGUUAACAUGAUCCCUGGUGACAUGGACGGUAGUUCAGCAAUGGGUAUUGACAGGUCCAUAUUUCCUAAACCUCAAACUCUUCACUUGACUGUGCUUAUGUUGAAGCUUUGGAAUAAGGAUCGUGUUACUACAGCUGCUAAGAUUCUAAAGGAAAUUUCUUUGAAAGUAAUGGACGCUUUAGAAAAUCGACCUGUUUCUGUAAGGCUAAGUGGAUUGGCAUGCAUGAAGGGUUCGCCGGCAAAGGCCCAGGUUGUAUAUGCUCCAAUAGAGGAAGUUGGUGGAGACGAACGCUUGUUACGUGCUUGUCAGGUUAUCAUUGAUGCUUAUGUGGAAGCGGGUCUUGUUCUUCAAAAGGAUGCUCGUCAAUCUUUAAAGCUCCAUGCCACUUUGAUGAAUGUAAGACAUAGAAAAAGAAAUAUGAGGACUGAAAGAGUUGAUUCUUUUGAUGCACGAGGUAUAUUUAAGAAGUAUGGCAAAGAAGAUUGGGGCGAAUAUGUAAUUCCAGAAGCACAUCUUUCUGAGAGAUUUCUUUAUGAUGAAAGUGGAUACUACCAUUGCUGUUGCUCGAUACCCUUUCCUGUAGCAUCGAAAUUCAGUGGUUUCUAAGGCUGUUGAGUCAGGUGAAACAUUUCUAUAUUUGAAAAAUAGACUUCUAUAGUUUUCUAUUUUAGUUUCUUGCCACCCUUAAGUGUGUAAGUGCGAUCAAGCUUCAUUUCUUUGAUACAGAACAGACAAAAAGUUUAAUCUAAUGAUUUGGCAUUGGAAUUUGCAUACUAUCAA